AUGCCAAACUACUUUUCGGUCAUUACCUUCAGCAAAUAUGAAAACAGUCUUUUUACAGGUGAGAAAGCUGACGAGAUCAGAUAUGUGUCCUGUCAGACCUGCACAUCAUCCUGCUGUCAAUGCCACAUCGGUUAUCAAGACAGAGGAGCAGCUCAGCAGCUCGAUUCUCACCAACCAGUGCAUGAUGUCCUGCAGAGAGUCAAAGACCAACACAAAACCAGCAUGAAGAACAAGCAUGAGAGCUUAUUUGAGGGAAUAAAACUACAAAAGAAUGAAGCCCUCCUGAACAGGAUUUACACACAGCUGUACAUCAUAGAGGGAGAGAGUGAAGGAGUGAAUGAAGAACAUGAGGUGCUACAGAUGGAGAAAAGUUACAGGACACUCCAAGACACUCCAGUCAACUGCAAUGACAUAUUUAAGCCCUCAUCUGAAACAGAAUGUGAGAAGAAAGACAAAAUCAAGACUGUUCUUACUAAAGGCAUCGCUGGAAUUGGAAAAACGGUCUCUGUGCAGAAGUUCAUCCUAGACUGGGCUGAGGGAAAAGCCAAUCAGGAUGUAGAUUUCGUGUUUGUACUUUCAUUUCGAGAGCUGAACUUGAUUAAAGAUCAUCAGUACAGUCUUCACAGACUUCUGCUUGACUUUCAUCCUGAACUUCAAGAUCUGGGCUCAAAGAUUUAUGAUGAAUGUAAAGUUGUGUUUAUCUUUGAUGGUCUGGAUGAAAGCAGAAUUUCACUGAUGUUUUCAGACAGUCAGACAAUUUCUGAUGUGCCUAAUAUUUCAUCAGUGGGUCUGUUGAUAUCAAACCUCAUGAAAGGAGAUCUGCUUCCCUCUGCUCUCAUCUGGAUCACCACCAGACCAGCAGCAGCCAAUCAAAUCCCCUCAAACUACAUCAACCGUGUGACAGAAAUUCAGGGAUUCAAUGACCCUCAGAAGGAGGAAUAUUUCAGGAAGAGAAUCAGUGACAAGCAUCAAGCCAGCAGAAUCAUCUCACACAUUAGAAGAGCAAGAAGCCUCCACAUCAUGUGCCACAUACCCGUCUUCUGCUGGAUCUCAGCCACUGUGCUUCAGAACAUCCUGAAACAAGAUCUCAGUGCAGAAAUCCCUCAAACUCUGACUGAAAUGUACAUCUACUUCCUGCUCAUUCAAACAAAUAUAAGGAACCAGAAGUAUGAAGAGACACAUCCAGAGAAACUCCUGCAGUCCAACAGAGAAGUGAUUGUGAAACUUGCUGAACUGGCUUUCAAUCAGCUGAUGAAGGGCAAUGUGAUGUUUUAUGAGGAGGACCUGAGAGAGAGCGGCAUAGAUGUCACUGACGCCUCAGUGUAUUCUGGGAUUUGCACUGAGAUCUUUAGAGAGGAAUCUGUGAUUUAUCACAGGAAGGUUUACAGCUUUGUACAUCUGAGCUUUCAGGAGUUUUUUGCAGCACUGUAUGUAUUUUUUUGCUAUUUACACAAGAACAGCGAAGUUCUGAAAAUGUUCUUGUCAGGAAAGUCCAGAACUCAGUGUGAAAAAGUUUCUCUGGAUGUGUUUCUGAAGGGAGCAGUGAAUAAAGCCUUGAAGAGUAAAAAUGGACACCUGGAUCUUUUCAUUCGAUUCCUUCAUGGCAUCUCACUGGAGUCCAAUCAGAGACUCUUACAGGAUGCACUGAUACACACAGAGAACAACCCAGAGAGCAUCAAGAAAAUAAUCCAAAACCUUAAACAGGGUCAAAAAAACAAUGUAAAUCCUGAAAGAUGGAUGAAUCUUUCACACUGCUUGAUUGAGAUGAAAGAUAAUUCUGUUGUUAAAGAAAUGCAGGCAUUUUUAAAAUCCGAAACAAAAAGAAAAAAUCUUUCUCUUGCACAAUGCUCAACUUUGGCAAACAUGAUCCUGAUGUCAGAGGAGGUGCUGGAUGAGUUUGAUCUUACAAAAUACACGACCAAAUCAAAAGAUGGUAGAUGGAGACUGUUACCUGCUGUGAGGAACUGCAGAAAAGCAAUAUUGGCUGGCUGUAGUCUCACUCAUCAGAGCUGUGAAAUUGUGGCUUCAGCCCUACAAUCGUCAUCAUCCUCCCUGAGAGAGCUGGACCUGAGUAGCAAUGACCUGCAGGAUUCAGGAGUAAAGCUGCUGUUUGCUGCAUUACAGAGUCCAAACUGUCAACUCAAUGUACUGAGAUUAUCUGACUGUAUGGUGACUGAAGAAGGUUGUGCUGCUCUGGAAUCAACUUUGCGUUCAAACCCCUCACAUCUGAGAGAGCUGGAUCUGGUCUACAAUGUGGGUCAUAGAGGAGAGUUCAUGAUAACAUCAAGGCUAUGCAAAUGUUCAGAUGCCCGUGAUCUCACACUGGAUCCAAACACAGCAAACACUCGCCUCAUUCUGUAUGAAAAGAAAAGAAAGGUGAAACGUGUGGAAGAGCAGCAGACAUAUCCCGAUCAUCCAGAGAGAUUUGAUGUGCGUCCUCAGGUUAUGUGUGUUGAGAGUCUGACUGAGCGCUGUUACUGGGAGGCUGAACGGAGUGGAUCUGCUAAAAUAGCAGUGACGUAUAAAGGAAUCAAGAAGAAAGGACUGAGUGAUGACUGUUGGUUUGGAUAUAAUGAGAAGUCCUGGAGUCUGUUCUGCUCUGGUAACAGGUUCAUUGCCCGUCACAAUAAUAAGAAAACUGAAAUAUCUGCUCCUUCAGGCUCCUGUAAGAGAAUAGGAGUGUAUGUUGAUGUGUUGGCUGGCACUCUGUCCUUCUACAGCGUCUCUGACACACUUACACACAAACUCACACACUUACACACAUUCACACACACAUUCACUGAACCCCUCUAUGCUGGAUUUACAGUUUAUUCAAACUCUUCAGUGUAUCUGCGUCGCAUUAAAAAACACACGCAUACUGCCUUUUUUGCUUUAUGA